AAACCCGCACAGAGCCAGACAAUGCCUAACUACGCACGCCAAGAAAAUCUCAAAGCACUCCCCCAUUCUUUAUUUUCUCAGCUACUUUAAUAAGAGGGGAAAGAAGGGUAUUAAAGAGGGGGGCUGUGGAAAUUUCGAAAGCCCCUUUUCUUUUUUCUUGUUUUGUCCGUUUUCGGCCGUUCGUCAUGGGCAACAUCCUCUUGGAGGCACUGAACGUGCGCGUGGUCGGCUCCGGCGAGCGGUUCCUGGUGCUGGCCCACGGGUUCGGCACCGACCAGUCGGCGUGGCAGCGCAUCCUCCCCUUCUUCACCCCGCACUACCGCGUCAUCCUCUACGACCUCGUGUGCGCCGGCAGCGUCAACCCGGACUACUUCGACUUCCGCCGCUACACCUCCCUCGACGCCUACGUCGACGACCUCCUCAACAUCCUCGACGCCCUCUCCGUCGACCGCUGCGCCUACGUCGGUCACUCCUUCUCCGCCAUGAUCGGCAUCCUCGCCUCCAUCCGCCGCCCCGAGCUCUUCACCAAACUCAUCCUAAUCGGGGCUUCCCCGAGGUUCUUGAAUGACAAGGACUACCACGGAGGGUUCGAGCUAGGGGAGAUCGAGAAGGUGUUCUCGGCGAUGGAGGCGAACUACGAGGCGUGGGUGAACGGCUUCGCGCCGCUGGCGGUCGGGGCGGACGUGCCGGCGGCGGUGCAGGAGUUCAGCCGCACGCUCUUCAACAUGAGGCCCGACAUCUCGCUGUUCGUGUCGCGCACCGUGUUCAACAGCGACCUGCGCGGGGUGCUGGGCCUCGUCCGCGUCCCCUGCUGCAUCGUCCAGACCGCGAAGGACGUCUCAGUGCCGGCGUCCGUGGCGGCUUACCUCAAGAACCACCUCGGCGGGCGGAACACGGUGGAGAUGCUCAACAUCGAGGGCCACCUGCCGCACCUCUCCGCGCCGGGGCUGCUGGCGCAGGUCCUCCGGCGCGCCCUCCGGUGACCCGACGACGACGACGACGACCCCUCCCCAUUAUUAACCUUUUCUUUCCCUUUUGUUUUUUCCCUUGACUUAUUAAAUGCCAUUUUCGUGGGGCCUACGGAGAAGUUAUAUAUAUAAAAAGAAAAAAAAUAAGGGAGGGUGUGAGACACCGACACCUGGCGAAUAACUUGUGGACGCUGAUCUUAGCGAAAGGAUAAGUCUACGCACGUGGCCAUCACGUGAUGAGGCGACCCUUUUUUGUUCCCUUCUCUCGCCCUUUUCCCUUUUUUUCCGCCCUUUUCCUUUUCUAUUAUAAAGUAUUAUAUCACUUAGAAGCUCCCUCUAAUUUUUCUUCUUCUUCUUCUUUUCUUUUUCGAGAAAAGAAAAGAAAAUCUUAUUUUGGAAAUGAGAUUUUUUUUGCUCUGGAGGGGUUACGAGCUCCUAAAUAAAUAUAAUUUUUCAUAUUCUCUCUC